AUGGCCCGAACUGCCACAACCCAUAAGCCCAAUGUUCCCCGUCGACCCGUUCCCAGCAAAUCCAGUCGGCCGGUGAUCAAUGCACCUACCAUCUUUACAAAAAAAAGAGAGGAGGCUGCUAAGAAAAAGGAAGAAGCGGCCAGAGCCAAGGCUCAGCGUGCCCAGCGAAAGAAAGUGUGCCGAAGAGAAGAUUGUCCGGGUGGAGGUAUCGAAGAUGGAAUCUGUAUGGGAUGUGGUACCGUCAUUGACGAUUCAAACAUUGUCUCCGAGGUCCAAUUCGGCGAGAAUAGUUCUGGUGCAGCCGUGGUGCAAGGUAGUUACCUGGGCGCCGAUCAAGGUGGUGUGAGAAGCUCUGGGCCAGGCCUGAGAGGAAUGGGAAAUGAGGGAGAGGGAAGGGAAGCUACAAUUAGAGAUGGAAAAAGAAUCAUGAAUCAAUUGGCUCAGCAACUUCACAUCCAAGAGAGCACGGUCACGCAUGGAGUACAGAUACUGAAAUUGGCUGUUAUGAACAACUUCAUUCAAGGACGGCGGACCGAGAUGGUUUGUGCGCCCCAAUGCAAUGUAUUCAAGCUUGGACGAACGUUUAAGGCGCUCCAUACAUCCGUCACACUAAAUGGUGGCAUCUAUCCUGUAGUACCCGAAGAUUUGAUUUGGAGGUUUGCUGCAAAGUUAGAGUUUGGUCAACUCACCGAGAAGGUGGCUGAAGAUGCUGUACGAAUGGUGCAGCGUAUGAGUCUCGAUUGGAUGGUAGUUGGAAGGAGACCUUCUGGAGUGUGCGGCGCUUGCUUAAUUCUUGCCGCUCGGAUGAACAACUUUCGACGAACUAUCACUGAAGUCGUCUAUAUCGUCAAAGUCACUACGCACACCAUCCAAAAACGCCUUGACGAGUUCAAGAUGACGCCCACUAGCAACCUUACCGUUGAUGAAUUCCUCAACCAUGAAUUCCUUGAAUCAGCACACGAUCCACCUUCUUUCUACCAGCAGACCGAAGAGUUUCAAGCAACCAAGAAAAAGAGAAAGCGUAAAAGCAACGGUGCGACCGAGGGAGACAAUGAUCCCGAUGAUGAUGAGGCAGAUGAGGAAGAGGGACCCAACAAGCGACAGAAAUCAACAGUUCCAGAAACCGAACUGCGCCGGGACGCAGAUGGCUUCGCAAUCCCACCUAUACCUGAUCACGCUCAAUCAAAUGGACAAUCAUCUUCGGACACUGCCGAUUCCAAUAUAGAUCCAGGACUCCGAAACUCGGCUGGUCAAGUCGCUGUAGAUGAAGAAGCUUCUCUGGAAGAGGUCACUCGUCAAACCCUGGAUGAUCUUGCAGAAAGUUAUGGAAAAGCUGACGAUGAGCCGGGAAUGACCUCCACUAAUCCUGUUGCUUACAGUGGGCGAGGGAGACGUCCUACGAAGGAAAUCCAAGUGCGUGUCAGUCAAGCAUGGGAAAAUGACGAACGCCAACUAGAGGCUGAAAUGUCUGAACUUGUGUCAGACCCGAACACUUUGCAGCAUGCCAUUGCUUAUGCUCAAGCCGAAGACAGAAUUUCGACUUAUCUGUUAGUCCCGGAAUCAGUGGUGUGUAUGGACGUACAUAUUGGAGAAGACGAAUUCGCAGGGGACCCCGAGGUUGAGAAUAUGAUUCUGUCCCCCGAGGAGGCACUCAUCAAGGAAAAAAUUUGGAUCAACAACAACAAAGAUUGGCUCCGUCUGAAGCAAAAGAAAGAGUUCGAAAGGAAACUCGCAGAGGAUGGACCACCCAAAGCUAGGAGAGCCAGAAAGAAAAAGCCAAAGAUCGGCGAAGGUCAUGAGCCAAUGGAUCCUGCAGAAGCAGCUGUGCAGACGAUGGAAAAGGUCAAAAUGACAAAAUCCAAGAAGAUUGAUUACCAAAAGCUUAGGGGUCUGUUUGAUGGAAAGCGAAGUACCGAGGGCAGCGCUUAUGGAAGUUCUGCGAACAGUCGAGCUGGAAGUGAGCUUGGUUCCGUUGCAGGAUCUGUUGCCGAUACGGCCUCUGUUCGCUCUCAAAGUGUGGCUGCCUCCGAAACGAGCGAAGCAGCAGAAAGCAAAGCUGGGAGUGUUGCUCCUGAAGAUGAAGGCAGUCAAAUGGGUGGCAGCGAACGAAGGACAAGUGUUGCUCCCUCUGAGGGAGGGGAGUCUACCGUUCAAGAAGACGAUUGGAGAAAGGGAAUGCAGCGACAACCCCAAGGAGAUGAUGAGGAUGAGAUGCCUGAAGACAACGAAGAAUACGUCGAUACUGGGUUCGGCGACGAUAACGAUAGUAUUCCAGAUAUCGACGUCCCUGGUGGGUUCGAUGGUCCAGAGGAUGAUGACUACGAUUGA